AUGGAGGGGCCUGGGGAUACAUUUUCCGGGCUGGGAAGUGGGGUUGUUGCCGGGGGGGUGGCGAUAGAUGGGAAGGUGUUGCAGACAUUUCAGAAGAGUUUUGUGCAGGUUCAGAACAUAUUGGAUCAGAACAGAUUGUUGAUCAACGAGAUUAACCAGAACCACGAGUCUAAAAUACCGGAUAACUUGAGCAGGAAUGUGGGAUUGAUCAGAGAGCUAAACAACAACAUCAAGAGGGUAGUCGAUCUCUACGCUCAUCUCUCCACCUCCUUUGGCAAAUCCAUGGAUGCUUCCUCUGAAGGCGAAUCCAGUGGGGCCCUCAAGUCGUCCGAUGGGAAACCCGCCACCCACAAGAGAACUCGCCCUGCAGCCUAG